AUGAUCGUAGGUCUGCAUGUCGAAGAAUUGGUUGGGUAUCAAUCUGAACCCUGUACUGAUCAUGAAUUGGCUACAGCAACACAAUGCUUUCGUCGCAUUCCCGAUGCCGUCUAUUCUUUGCCGAGUGGUUACACCGUUCUGCUUCAUUGUAUCGUGGAAAACAUGCGUGGCAAAGCCCAGUGGCGCUUUAAUAACCUACUUCUAGGUCACGAUCGUAAUGUUCCUGGUUUUGAGCGCAUUUCAAUGCCAGGUGACCCCAACACCGGUGACGUUAGCCUACAAAUAAGAAAUCUCACUGUCAGCGAUACAGGGGAAUAUGAGUGUCAGGUCACUCCAAGCAUGAACCAUCCCCUUUUGAGAAGAAAGACAUGGCUCCAAGUUACAGAUGGGCUAGCGUCAUGCUUUGCUCCAACCUUAGUGAUGCCAUCUAUUCCAAGACUGUUUGCUCUUGGCAAAGAGGUAAAGGACAGAAGUCUCGUCGUCCCUCUACCAGACGAAGAAAAGACCAUAACCGUGGAGUGCGUGGCCCCAAACGGAAUUCCGCCACCUGAUUUUUACUGGAAACUUAAUGAUGUUCUGCUUCGAAGCAUGCCCACCGAUGUCAAAUCCCCUGUAAAGUGGCCUCAGAUCGUCACAAAUCAAGGAGAGGAUCGGUCACUAGUGACCCUACUCAAAUCUGACCUCAAAACAGGUGACAAUCUCACUUGUGAAGUUAGCAACAACGCAACUUUGGCUCGUGAGGAUUUAACGGCGCGCACUCUGCGUACUACCACCCUAUUUGAUGUCCAUGGUGAGCUAAACCUAGGUCUUCGUGUAGGGGAUUGA